UUCCAAAAUGUUCAGUAAGAGAAAUUAAAUCUUUUAUAUAAACAAAACAUGUUUGUUUGUUUCUUCAUGUUCAAGACCAGCUUGUGCUCAUGUUGAACCAAUUCCAGUGUUGGUGCAGUUUUUCCAAAGCAUGAAGAUCUUAAAUGUUGAAGGGAGAGAUUCAAAAAGCAAACUGAGGUCAAGUCAGCACAUCACUCUCCAUUAUGGUAGGAAACUGUAUCGCAUCUGGUGAUGACAGUGACAUUUCUCGAACCCACAGAGGAGUGAACACAGAGCGAGGGUGAUAGUAUUCCAUUAGCAGGCUGCUAUUUAAAGGUAAGCUCUCUUAUCUGCUAUGCUUCAUUGCCAUUAAUGACAGUUUUACCUUGAAGUACAGCACGUACCACUUACAUCCAGAUGUGCAAACAGAGCCGUGUGUAUAUUUUGUAUGACAUUUGAAAAUGCUUAAAUGAACAGUUUUCAUGCUUCCUUAAAUUGAGUUGUGAGCUGCUAGAGCUUUGUUGGUUAUACAAAUGAUAACACAUGCAGUGGUAGGGCUUUUUUUGUGUGUUUGCAUUGCAACCUAUAGGUGCAUUACAUUUAAAGAUGGACAUGUUUUACUGUGUUGUACACAUGAAAACACAAAGGGAUAGACUUCUGAGCCAAAUAUCUAAAAAUCAAGUAUUUUUAAAAUACUAUGAUCCUGAAGAAACAACAUUUGACUGUAACUUAAUUUCUUAGGGUUGAAAUGACAAACAUAAAUCUGAAACCUGAAAUUAUAUUUUUCCAUCCAUUGAUUUCUCAUGAUAAAUAAACAGAAUUAAAAGUGAAAUAAUCUCUCACAUAUAACUUCCUCACUGUUAGCUACCCAACAAAAGCCAGGAGUGACAAUGGCAGCCAUAGUAAGUCUCAUACCCAUCCAGUGGAUGGCAGUGGAUGCCACCACCACCUACAAGUGCCUCUCCCUGUAGUUUGGCCUCCUGCGUGUCUGCCUGGUGAUGCCAUUUACCAAAGUGGAAAUGGAAUUUUCCUGCAAUGGCACCAGGAACAGCACCUGCACCCCAGCCUGUUUUAACAAAUAUUCACAGCCUAUGAUGCUGGCCUGGAACUUCAUCUAUGUCCUGCUUACCCUCCCUGCCCUUUCCCUGGCCCCGAAGGGGGGCUUCCAAAUGGAGAUUGAUGGUGAGCUGGAGGCUCAGGCUGUGUGCACAGACACCAGGUGCAAGACAGUCAUAGAUCUCCACAGAGAUAGAGUCACAGUGGGCUUCUACCUGCUGAGCAUCACUCUGUGUAUUCUGGUUGAAGCCUGGUUGUAUGUUCUGCUUCCAUGGAACCUACCCGUAUUUAACAAUGGUCUAUAUAAAUGCUCAACAGACAUCUGCUCUGAGUUACAUAUUUGCGUUGUCAGGGCCGCACCAGUGAAAGGCAUGUCUAAUUAUGCUCUGGCUUCCAUCUCUUGCAUGAUUAUUGUUUGUUCAGUCUCAUUUUGCUCAAUACAUUUGCAACUUUUAAACACUGACACUUUUCUUCUCUGCAAUAUUCCAAUGUGGUCUUAAUGGAUAUGAACAUAUUUUGCUAAACAUAAUUAUAUCAACUGUUGGAGGUUCACACAUGUUGUUGUGAGAUGUAUUACAUAGUAGAAUCUAAGUGUUUC